UAAAUAAAACACUAUUUUAUUUUUGUUUUCCGCCUUUUCCCACUUGCGUUUCUGUUCUCCAGCAAGAAAAAGUCGCAUCUCUCACGCAGAACUGACAAGAAAAAAAAUCACCGGAGGAAGAAAAUUCUUCGAUAUUUCGUUCUCUCGUAUUCUAUUCUUUGGGUCCUUUUCGGUUGACGAUAUGCAAUUUCAGAUAUUUGGAUCGAAUGGGUUCUAUUUGAGUUUCACACGGCCGGAGAGUUUUGGUUAGGGUUUGGGACUUUUGCUGGAGAAUUGAAUUCAAUUCAUAGGUUUGUUUGCCUUUUUCGGUUUAAUUUUCCUGCUGGAGUUUCAUUUGCUUUGAUGAUGAUAAUGGCGGAUGGAGGUUCGAGGCUUUGGCCGUCUGGUGAAAUUCUGGGCCUUGACGGGUUUGAUGGCGGCAACGGCGGCGGGGGAGAGGAAUUGUCAAUGGAUCUCGAUGACUUCCUCCACAUUAUUUCAGAGUCUAAUGAUCCUUCUGAGAGUAGUCCUGAAGAAUUUUCAUGUAAGAAUUUGAAAGAUGAGUCAGCUACUGACGUUGGCAACCAGAAGAACUUCCAGCUUCAAAAUGGUUUUCAGAUGUUAGAUGGACCACAUACCUUAGAAUCUGAAUCCGUAGAUCCUGCACCAUUUUACCCUUCACACAAUCCAGAAGCUUCAGAUGCUAGGAUUGGAGGUUCAAUUGGUUCCUUUGAUCAUAUAGGGAGCUCUGAUGUGAAUCUGGAACCCUCAUCACAUAUUAGCUCUCCUAUGCAUACCAGCCCAAGAAGCUUCAGAGAGUGGUAUUUUCCAUGUAGCAGGGAUCAAGGAGAGAGGACGGUUGGUGUGUCUCAAUCUGACAUACCUACUUGUAGUACGGCAUCCAGUUUUGCUGAUGAAGAGUUUAAUCAUGUUUCGGGUAAUACUGGUGGUUUAGAUAUCAAUCUUCUAUUUGAUGAAACUGGAGCUCAAUUUGGGCACACAGGAGGGAAAAACGAUCCCAAAGAUGCUUCACAUUGCCUUUAUAUGGAUGGUACAGAUGAGAAGUUUGGACACAGUGGUGCUUUUAUUGGAAAACCCGAAAAUGAUUUUUAUAGAUCUAUGGCUAUGUCAUUUGUGGAUGCUGAUGUGUCUUCUCAUAAUAUAGUUUCUACUCAGUCUACCUUUUGUUCUAAUUCUGAUAUGAAUACUGAGUUAGGUGACCAUCAUCCAGCCAUGCAAUUUGGUAUCAAUGCCGAUGAUACAUGUUUUCUUGAUUCGCCGCAGUGUUAUUUUGGUGAAGAUUUUAGUUUUGAGUUAUUUCCUAGCAAUGAAGUAAUUACAACUAACAGAACAGAUGAAAUAGGGGAGUUUCGAACUGAGAGUUCUGUGUCUGAGAUUUCAAUGAUUGAUUACUCUGAUGUCAAGGGACUUAAUUUUAAAAGUGAAGCUAGUAACUGUAUGUCACCUUUCAGUGGAAAUUUUUCAUCUAAUACUGAUGAUAGACUUGUUGAUAGCAAGUCAUCAGGAAUUCCAUUCAGUCAUAUUCCGUCAGCCAUCAGCAAGAGGCAACUGGCUGCCAUGGAGGUUGAAAUGACUGAUGACGCUGUUGAUAAAAAGUUUUCUUCUAGUGAUGAAAGUAGUCUUUUUGUUGAAGAAGAGUCAAAGCAAUCAUCUUCUAUACUGAGCCAGAAGCAUUUUAUCUACAUUAAGAAUGGGAAAGGAGACAUGAAUUUUGCAUCCAUGGGAGCUCAAUUUGAUGGAAUUGCUGGUAAUAUUCCCCUUAAUGGUGCACUUUUGAAUUUACAUGCUUUAGAGCCGUAUUCGUCAUGUGUUAAGGAAUCUAAUGUAAACAAGCAACCGGGUUUUGUUAAGGAGAAAAGAGAUAGUAAACUGACUCAACCUAAGCAGUUGGGUCAUCUUUCAAGUGUCAGCCCUGAAUCAAUUCAGAGUAAUUUGUCUGGUAGCAAAUCCAAUGUUGAUGAUGAUGCUGACCUAUGUAUUCUUGAAGAUAUCAGUCAACCUGCUCGUAUAAACCACUCUGCUGUAGUUGGAAAGGCCAAUACUCUUUUGCAACAUUCUGCAUAUGGUGAUUCUGUCCAUUAUACUGGAAUUGGAGGCGCAAGGCUUAGGGCUAAUGAUGAGAGGUUCAUAUUUCGAGCUGCAUUACAGGAUAUUUCUCAGCCAAAGUCUGAAGCUAGUCCUCCAGAAGGAGUUUUGGCAGUUCCUCUUUUGAGACAUCAGCGAAUUGCUUUAUCAUGGAUGAUUCAGAAAGAGACUUCUAGCAUGUAUUGUUCAGGAGGAAUUCUUGCAGAUGAUCAGGGAUUAGGGAAGACAGUAUCAACAAUUGCUCUAAUACUUAAGGAACGACCUCCACCUGUUAAAUUAGAUCUACAAGCUGUUAAGAAAGAAGAGUUUGAACCUUUAGAUUUGGAUGAGGAUGAUGAUGAGGUUACUGAGGUUGAUGGAAUGAAAAAAGAUGCUGAAAGUUGUCAAGUUAUGUCAAAUCGAAGUUCAAAAAUGAGCACAACUUCUUUUGGGCAAUCUAAGGGAAGGCCUUCAGCAGGAACUCUUGUUGUUUGUCCAACAAGUGUCUUACGGCAAUGGGCUGAAGAGUUGCAUAAGAAGGUAACCAGUAAAGCUAAUCUUUCUGUUCUGGUAUACCAUGGAAGCAAUCGAACAAAGGAUCCUUGUGAGCUCACCAAGUAUGAUGUUGUUCUAACUACAUAUUCCAUUGUUAGCAUGGAGGUGCCAAAACAGCCUAUUGUUGAUGAGGAUGAUGAUGAGAAAGGAAAAGGAGAAGGAGAUGAUGUAGCAUCAUUGGGGCUUUCUUCUGGUAAGAAAAGAAAAUAUCCUCCCAGUUCUGGCAAGAAGGGGUCUAGGAAUGAGAAGGGAAUGGAUGCUGCAUUACUUGAGUCUGUUGCUCGACCUCUGGCAAAGGUGGCAUGGUUUAGGGUUGUUCUGGAUGAGGCCCAGAGCAUCAAGAAUCACAGAACUCAAGUAGCUAGGGCCUGUUGGGGUCUUCGUGCAAAGCGCAGGUGGUGCUUGUCUGGAACUCCUAUCCAGAAUGCAAUAGAUGAUCUUUAUAGCUACUUCAGGUUCCUCAGAUAUGAUCCUUAUGCUGUCUACACAUCAUUCUGCUCUACAAUAAAGAUUCCAAUUCAAAAAAAUCCAACAAAAGGGUACAAAAAGCUGCAAGCUGUUCUGAAAACAAUAAUGCUUCGACGCACCAAAGGGACAACUAUUGAUGGCAAACCAAUUAUUAACCUGCCACCCAAAGUGGUAGUACUGAAAAAGGUGGAUUUCACUGAUGAAGAGCGUGACUUCUACACAAGACUAGAGGCUGAUUCACGUGCUCAGUUCAAAGAAUAUGCAGCUGCUGGAACAGUCAAACAAAAUUAUGUUAAUAUUUUGUUGAUGCUAUUGCGUCUUCGUCAAGCUUGUGAUCAUCCUUUUCUUGUUAGGGGCUUAGAUUCAAUUUCUUUUGGAAGAUCCUCAAUUGAGAUGGCAAAGAAGCUCCCUAGGGAGAAACAGUUGUGCCUUUUGAACUGCCUAGAAGCGUCUUUGGCAAUCUGUGGCAUCUGUAAUGAUCCACCAGAGGAUGCUGUUGUUUCAGUAUGCAGUCAUGUUUUCUGCAACCAAUGCAUCUGUGAACAUCUCACUGGGGAUGACAACCAAUGUCCUGUGUCAAAAUGUAAAGUUCGGUUAAAUACAUCUUCAGUGUUUUCAAAAGCCACAUUAAACAGUUCUCUCUCUGACCAGCCUGCUCAAGAUGGUUCUGGCUCUGAACUUGGUGAGGUAGCUAAUCCUUGUACUGAGGGUAUUCCAUAUGAUUCUUCAAAAAUUAGGGCUGCCGUUGAAGUCUUGCAAUCACUGACCAAACCACGAGAUUGUGCGUCUACAAAUGGUACCUUAGAGAACUCUUUUGAUGGAAGUGCCACAUGUCCCGAGAAUUUGUGUAGUUCUGGAAAUUCAGUUAAUGAUAAAAGUGAUCAGAGAAAUGUACUUGCGGAUGAAAAUGUUAAUGGUUCAGUUAAUGUAGUUGGUGAGAAAGCCAUAGUAUUUUCUCAGUGGACAAGGAUGUUGGAUUUGCUUGAAGCUUGUCUCAAAAAUUCUUCUAUUCAGUACAGAAGACUUGAUGGAACAAUGUCAGUUGCUGCCAGAGAUAAAGCUGUGAAGGAUUUCAAUACACUCCCAGAGGUAUCAGUUAUGAUUAUGUCUUUGAAAGCUGCUAGUCUUGGACUGAACAUGGUUGCUGCUUGCCGUGUGCUGCUUCUGGACCUCUGGUGGAAUCCUACUACUGAAGAUCAGGCAAUUGAUAGGGCACAUCGCAUAGGGCAGACUCGUCCUGUUACUGUUUUGCGUUUAACCGUGAAAGAUACUGUUGAAGAUCGUAUUUUAGCCCUACAGCAAAAAAAGAGGGAGAUGGUUGCAUCUGCAUUUGGGGAGGAUGAAACUGGUGGUCGUCAGACUCGUUUAACAGUGGAGGACUUGAAAUACCUUUUUAUGGGGUGAAGAUGGAUUUUACGGUAUCUGGCCGACAUUUAUUUGCUAACUCAGAUAUCAUAUACAACCUCCUAGAUAUAUAGUUAGGUUCUUAGCUGCCUGCUGCUGCCACUAUAUAACUGAAUUGAACCAUGGCCUGGUUAGUUUCUGCAUUGAUACCUCGAGGAAGUAGUUCUUUGCAAACAAGAGAGAAAAAUACGUGCAUAGAUGUCAAUGAAGAUUAUCCAUUUUUUAUCCAUUUUUUGGUGGGUCUAACAAUUUAUUUCCUUUCCGUCGCCCACCACAUAGAUAGGAUCUAGAGUUCUGAGUCUUACAGCUAUUAAAGAUACCGAGUUUGACAGGUAUGUAUGUAAUUUUUUUCUUCUAAAAAUUUUCCCUAAGUGUAAAUGAUAGGGGUUUCAUUUUUCUUUUGGGUAUUUGUUAUUAAAUUGUUACAUUGUUUUCUCCAUUGUACAGGGAUUAUGAAUUUUAUCCUCUUGGGUAAUAGUUGAUUAUACAUUUUGUUGCCUUGUAA